UCUAAUCAAUCACCUGUUUAACAAAGGAGACUCCAGUCUAUCUCCAUCCCUGCCCCCUGGUGUAAGGCAUUUGCAAAUCCUAUGGCCCAUUGCAGCAUUCUUUCUCCUCUGUCACAGAAGCAAAGGUCAGCAGGAUCACGUAGGAUGGCCAUUUCAUUUUCCAAGCUUGUAGAAGAUAGCAAGUGAAAAAAGAACAGUCUUUGUGCACACCACAAUCUGUGCCCUCCCUCCCCACUUCCUGCCCCAACUUGUGCCACUUGACCCUGAUUUGUACUAUAUGCCCUUUGCUAUGAGCUUUCAUCCGUGCAACUUCUUUCUUCUCUGUCUUCUCAGCUCAGGGCUCUCUGCUCUGCAAUCUCUCCCUCACUGCAGUUCUUGCUGGCUUGCGUUUCUCAGGCUAGGGACCUCUGUGAGAUACAGAACCUCACAACCCAAUUGACUUUGCUCAGCUACAUAACAAAGUGGGACCCUGCCUGCUGGGUUUGUGGCCUCUUCUAGACCAGGCAAACAAGUGCUUUGUGGGAGUGAGGAACUGUCCUGCUUGUUUUUACUGAUCAUGAAAGAAAGGACAGAAAGAAAGGCCCAACUACCUGCCUUGAACUGCACUCCAAAGGGAAUUCUCUCCAGAUAUUUGUUUACUAAAGAGCUAGAGUUUGUCUGAAGUCUGGUGUGGAAAAGAAACAAAAGCAGGUUAUCUCCAGAUAAAAAACCAUUGAAUGCAAUGAGUGAAGCUGAAGAGCUUGUGUCCCUUUUAAUCAGACAACUUAAAAAAUGACUCCAAGCUACUGAGAGCUUAAUUAGCUGGAACUGGUGGUGAGAACAAAGGCCCCCUGCAGGAGAAAUCCCCCCCAUCCUGCGGUGGAAAACCUGCCAUUUCCAAGUAAAGCUUUGAAGUGUGACUGGCACUGUCUCCCCCAGACAAGUUGGUGAUGAGAUUCCAUUACUUCUCAGGCCCCUUUAGUGUUUAUUCAGAUCACAAUCUUGACAACAUAUGUCAGCAGUAUGCAGACCCAUUUGUGUCUGUGGCAAGUGCCUUCUCCCCUGCUAAGGGAGCUCUAGGUAUAAAUAUCUGAAAUAGGAGUCCCGGAGACAAUUCAGUGUUUUCAAGGUUGCAGCUAUGAUGCAUCUUUUACUGGCUACUGUGCUUCUGAGUGGCUUCUGUAUUCACAGCUUUGUCAGUGCAGGAGCCAUGAGCAGGCAGAAUGAAAGAAAGAACUUGUUUGCAGAGAGGGGCUGCUGUAGGAGGCACAGCCAUUCGGUGUAUAUUGGACACGACAUCUCUGGCAGUCCUGUAAGUCUGGAUGUUGGGAUGUGCAGGUCCCACUGUUUAUCCCAAAAGAUAAAUUCAUACCAGUCCGGAUUUCCAGGGCUUUCCAAACAUUCCUCUGUGCUGGACUUUCUUAGAACUAAAAAGCAGCAGGAUAGGCAGGUGGAGCUGCCUCUGUCAACUGGAGCAGAACGUUCCUGCCCUUUGGAUUCCCAGUGUGAACCCACCAGAGUUCACGUGGAGCGGGUACUGCUGUUUGAAGGAGUGCAGGAGGUGGAAGUGAUUGAAACCUGCCAAUGUAGCGCAAACCCAGAGGAGUGUCUCCGUCUGCCAUCCCUGAAAACCUUCUUUCCAGACACCCCCUUGGAGUUCACUGUGGAUGUAGGAAAGUGCUCCAAUCCAUCCCAAGCAAGAGACAGACUCUUCUGCGUACCCACAAAGUUUGACUCUGUUCUUCUGAAAAGCCCAAAUGGCGUGGAGGUGGUUCGAACUCUGGAAAACUGUGAGAUGAAAGAAACAUGCUAUCGCGUUUCCUAUGUGGAAUACUAUUAUGAAAUUGUACACAACUCUACCGGGGACAGAGAGGAGCGAUUGAAGGAAAUUGAUGUGGGACAUUGCUUGGGGAGCUGCACCUCAGGGAAUCACUGCCUGCUUCGGGAUUUGCAGAAUGGAGAGAAAUGCCUUGUGUGGGCGGAAGGUGCCUCCAGCCAUUGUAUCCCUCACCAGUACAACACACACACCUUCAAGAGCCGCAGUGACCAUAUCCGGACCGUUUUUGCCAUCCAGAACUGUCAGUGUGGGAGCUAUUAGAGAAUUUGAGAAGGGAGGGAUUGGAACAUCCAGGAUGGGGAGAAUGCAAAUAGCACCUGUCCUGCCAGGCCCACCCUGUGCCAGACUGUCUGUACUAUAUGUAAAUGAGAGAAGGCUAUUUUAUAAAUUAAAGGUAUUUUAAACAGUG